GGUUAUUAGAUGACAUUCUAAUACUGAUUGACCAAUCCCUUUAUGUCUCCUUCACUUUAAAACCGUUGACUUGGCUAGCUGUAGCUGAUUCAUCUGAUAACCUUAAGAUGUCCCAACAGGAAAACAAGGACAUCUCCUGCAAUUUAACAGCACAGGAUUGGCUGAAAAUGGUUAAACACAAUAGUCGUACACGAUUCCGGUUCUCUACACAACUGAUCAAUCUGAUUAAAUUCAAACUGGUGCUGCUGCAUGGCAAAGUGUCCAAGAAUCAAGAACCUGCUUUGAAAGCUUGUGUAGAACCAGGACAAACCAUACAAAAAGCACCGACAAUAGAGCUAGAAAAUUGGUUGGAAAGAGAGUUUAUACGUAGAUUCAUUAACCAUUGGCUCACCAUCAUCAUAUCCUUUCAAACUAGUUCCCUCCUUGUCCAAUCCCCCAAUCGUUUCUUCUUUUCUGCUGCAACCGUUUCUCAUCUUAUUUUGGGAUCGGCCUUAUAAUCUUUAUGUCUCAUGCAAGAAAAAGAAGUUUUGAGCUGCCUCC